GUUUGCGGAAGUGUGUCCGUGAAUUAAAUGCUUCCGUCCUGCCUUCCCCUCCGGUGCCUGUACGCACUGUAACACGGCACCUCUAGUCAUGUGGUUGUAUUAAUUACACCUACAGACGAAAUAUAUUUGUCUUUUAUGUCAUUGUUAGUUUUUGUUUUAACGCUGGUCAGCAGAUAACAGCACAGUCGUCUGAAGAGGGAGGAAAGUCCGCAUUUUUGCUAAAUCAAUAGUCAGCUGUUGAAGUCGGUUAAAGGGACUAAACUCGUGAUGGCUCCGGAGAAAUCUGCUCGGUCCGUCUGUCAACAUGGACUCUGAGGACGACGUGCUGAUGAAGGAGUACAUCAAGAUGAUGACUGAUAUGAUCGUGCUUUGUGCCACUUUGGCACUCUCCCUCUUCUUCUGGGUCCUGUCCCUCACCAUCAGCACCUACUCAGGCACACUGCAGCCUGUGUCGCCGUGGCGAUGGUUGUUCUCCAUCUUGGUUCCCCUGGUGGUGACGGCCAGAGCCGUGAAGAGACGCAGUCUGGACCGUUCAGGAGCUCUGGGAGCUCUCCUGGUGGGGUUUGUGUUGACGAUGGCCAACUACAGCUUCUUCUCCUCUCUGCUGGCCUUCUUCUACACCUCCUCCAGACUGACCCGCUGGGGAGGAGCGCAGAAGAAGAAGAUAGACGCCGAGUACAAAGAAGGCGGUCAGAGGAACUGGGUCCAGGUCUUCUGUAAUGGAGGAGUUCCUACAGAGCUGGCUCUGCUUUACAUGAUAGAGGUGGGUCCAGGUGAGAUCCCCAUUGAUUUCGGUAAACAGUACUCCGCCUCCUGGAUGUGCCUCUCUCUACUGGGAGCACUGGCUUGCAGUACUGGAGACACCUGGGCGUCAGAGGUGGGACCUGUUCUCAGCCAAUCGCAGCCUAGACUCAUCACCACCUGGAAGGAAGUCCCAGCAGGAACAAACGGAGGAGUUACUCCCGUCGGAUUGGUCGCCAGCUUCCUGGGCGGGUUCAUGGUGGGCGCGGCGUACUUUGUGACACAACUACUACUGAUCAGCGACCUGCACCUGGCGGACCCCCAGUGGCCCAUCAUGGUGUACGGCGGCGUGGCUGGCUUGGCGGGAUCCAUGCUGGACUCCUUCCUGGGAGCUCACUUGCAAUACUCAGGCUUCGACUCGAGCAUCGAGAAGGUGGUGAGUUACGAGUCCGCCACCACACGGCGGAUAUGUGGGAAACCCAUCUUGGACAAUAACGCGGUCAACCUGUUCUCCUCCGUCCUCAUCGCGCUCAUCCUGCCCGGGCUGGCGUGGGGGGUGUGGCCACGAUAAGACUGAUGACCCGCCUUCAGAUAGCAGAUCUGAAACGAUCUGAGACUCACUGCCGAUUUUUUUUUUCUGAAAACUUUUAAAGUUAUUAUUUGGUCACAGAAGCAUCACGGUAAAGACUAAUACAACACAAAGGAGGAAAAAUAAAUGCUGACUCAUGAAAACUCUUUGCAGUAUUUUGUACAUCAGCUCCAGUGUUCACAGUUUUUCAUUGCUCUAAUCACUGACUGUCCGUUAGCUGCGGACCUGGACUGUGUUACACCAGCUGUUUGUAAAUUCAUCACUACAUUUGUGUGUUAAGUUCUUAGUAACUAGUUUCAAACUAGUGUGUUAAGAACAGGGUGCGUCUAGUAGUUGGUUGAGUUGUGCAACACCUGAACAAUCCAGAGACUCAACUCAACAAACUGUCUUUAUUUAUCUCCACCAAGAACUAACAGCAGUCUUUCUGGGUUCUUUUUGAGCCCAAAUUUUAUUCAACAAUCUGCAUCUAUCAGUAUUACAGAUAUGCAGAUUACAGUACGGUAUUACCAAUUAGUACUUUUCUUUUAUUUAACACUAAUACCCCCCAUUGUCUCCUCAUAGUCCCCCAACAUUCCCCUCCCUGCUCAUGGGAACAAAAUAUUAAGUGAAAAAAAAAUAGAUGAUAAUAGAGUGAAUUAAAUAAAUACAGAUAAAAUAAGUGCACAACCUAAAACAUUUUUUUAAAAAGGGAAUGAAAUGAAGGCACAACUGGUGAUACACAGAGUCAACAUGUCAACCUGUCCUGAAGCACUGCCUGCAUCCCAUAAGGUCACAGUCCAAGAUGUUUGUACCUGCACAACGUUACACCUGCGUACAUGUUUACCCACACAUACGUAUGUCUAAUGUACCUAUGCAUAUAUAACUAUAUGCAUAUGUCUGCACACACACAGCCCAGAACAAUACACAGUUAUCUACAUCCAAUCGUAUAUCCAGCACUCUAGUCCAAUGGGAUUGUUUCCAAGUGAGAGAUGAGAGGCUGCCAGUGUUUGUAAAAAAUUUUCAUCUGAAUCCCAGACAGCAAAUUUGAUCUUUUCCAUGUUCAGAAAUGACAUUAAGUCCAGCAGGCGGGACAUUUGAGGGUGGUGAGCGAUUCUUGAAUAAGAGGGAGAAUGCAACGACGGGCAAUUAAAGAGGCAAACGGGUCCAGAGUCAGUUCCAACAUCUCCAACAUAAGAUCAAAGAAGGACCUCUAGUGUUCCACCAAGCUCGGACACGACCAGAAUAUAUGAGUCAAGUCUGCUGGUGUCUGAGAGCAUCUGUCACAAAUAUCAGAGAGGAUACAUCUUCACUAAUCUAGCUUUACUAUGAUGGAUCCUAUGAAGUACUUCACAUGAGGAGGAUGAGUGUAUUGCAUGUAAUAAACCUUCACACCAUUCAUCAGACAAGGUGAUACCCAGUUCAUUCUCCCAACCUGUCUUGAUCUUAUGCAGAGCAGGGGGAGUCGCAGCUGAUUGAAGAACUGUAUAUGAAAGACAUAUGGCCUUGGGACAAGUCAGGAAGAUGGUUAAUGCCCGAGUCCAGUGGAGCCUGCGGACAUGCUGAGGUGUUGGAUUUGGCAAAGUUACAAAUUUGGAGAUGCCUAAACAGAUCAGAAGGUUGAUUGUGGAGUGUAAUUGUGCAAAGCUAGCAAACAGGCCAUCAACAUAAACCUUGCCUGCAUCAGACGGCAAACCUUGAAUCAGUGUUGGCUGGUUGAAAGAGUUGAUUGUUGCGGAUAGGUGUAGCUAGGUACAGAAAGUCCAGCCGAACUGUUGCCUGAUUUGUUGCCGUACUCUAUCUACUGGUUUACGAAUGGUUCCCCAGCAUAUCCACAGCCUGUUGGUCUUCUUUCAAGCGUGUCACCUCUUUCUUGUUCCUGGAGUGUAGGAUGUCUAGCUGCCACUGUCUGCUUGUUGUGGUAGAAUACUUGCGGGCCCUCGGAGUGCCCGACCGAGCUCAGUACAGACAGCCACUGACCCACCUGGUGGUCUGCUGUGCACAGGACAAACAGGGCUGAUGAGGUCAAUCAAGAUCAUAGGCUUCACCCUGCCGAAGCUUUUGAAGAUGGCUGUACCUCUUCUUGAGGGUUUCUGUCAGGCUUUGAUUGUUCAUCUAAUGCCAACUGGUCAGCAGUGAAGGCAUUUGCUAUCCUAUGUCUGGGACAGCACGGUGGUUCAGUGGUUAGCACUGUAGCAAGGGCUGGGACCCUUCUGUGUGGAGUUUGCUCCCUGUGCAGGUUAGGUUAAUUGGUGACUCUAAAUUGCCCGUAGGUGUGAAUGUGAGUGUGAAUGAGUAUGUUAGCCCUGUGAUUGACAGGCGACCUGUCCAGAGUGUUCCCCGACUCUUGCCCAAUGUCAGCUGGGAUUGGCUCCAGCUCCCCCGCGAACCUCUAGAGGAUAAACAGUAAAGUUAUCCUCUAUAAGUGGUAAAGAAAAUGGAUGGAUGGAGAUCCUGUGUCUCACCUUUGGCUUUGCUUGGACACUUCCAAAGAUAUUUUCCCUCCAUGUAGCCGUAAGACAUCCUGACGGAUGGUUUUAAACUUCAAUCUAACCAGCUCAGAUAUGAGCAUGCUAACGUCAGUUUAGUCACAACUCAUCUCUACAUAAGAACAAGCUUGUGUUUUGCAACCAGUUUUAAUUUUGUGAUGCAUACAUUUGCACCCAGUCUAGUUAUAAUAUAAAUGUUUACCAAGUUUGAAUUUAUGAACAGCUGCUGCAACUGACUCCUUCAACUUUAGCUGAUGAAUUACAGUUGGUGAUUUACCCUGAUUAUCAACACAGUUGAUCCAGGAGAGGACGUUUAACAUUGUAGUUUAGUUUGUUAGCAUGCUAACAUUUCCUCAUCAACACUCAAAGUACAACUGAGGCUGAUGGGAAAGUCAUUAGUUUUAGAUGAAUCUAUGGAUCACCAAAAGUAGUACAAGUCAUCUCAAAGGUCGGACAUGAAUGUUUGCACUAAAUUUCAUGGCAAUCGACCAAAUAGUCGCAUGCUAACAACAUGCUAACAACCACAGAUUCUCAACUAAAUGCCUCAAAGUGCUUGUUAGCUUUGCCAUUUAUCAUCAAACUUGUAUCUCAAAGUAGUAGUGCACAAAAGUACACAAACACCUUCACCUGGAGGUUUGCUUCCAUCUAGUACAGGUGUGUUUAACUGCUCAUGAAUUCAACUUUUCAUUUGUUAAAAAAAAAAAAAAAAAAGUUUUCUUUCUUCUUUCAUAAGUUACAUCGUCUCACUUUAACAGAUCAAAUAUUGUUACUAAAGAGUCUUGAUGUUUUACAAUGUAAAGAUGCUUUCUGGUGGACAAACUAUGUCACAGCAACACUGUUUUUACAUGAGCUCGUGUAUUUUUCAAGCUCUGGACAGCAGGUUUAAGCUAAUAUCAGCCAGCCGAUACAGCAUUAAGACUCAUGUUUAUGUUGGUGUUUUCCUCCUAAAAGAAAUUUAUUUGGAGAUCAAGAACUCCUCAACUUGUGAUGAAACUCAACAACAAAUAUAUAUUUAAAGAAGAAAUCUGUGCAGUGACUCAUUGUGAUGCUGCAGUAUUUAUAUUUAACUUUUAAUUGUAUGGGUUGUUUUUUUGUUUGUCUUGUGUUUUCAGUUGAGUGUUCACAGUAUGAAUUUAUAUCUCAGCACUUCACUUCAUUUAAGAAGUCUCAAAAUCAUCUUCUACCACUGUCUGAUGUGUGUGUAAACUGGUCUUACCUUUAAUGUAAAGGUGUGUUUUGUUUGUCAAACAUGUGAAUCAAUCAGAGGAAGAUUAAACUGGAAUUUCCUGUGAUUUUUAACAUGACUACUUCAGAGGAAAAUAUCACUUUCCUUUUUCUAAACUUAUGUUUAUUGUUUUUUUUCUACACAUUGGCACUGGGAUUAAGAGAUUUACCCUUCUGACCCUUAACUUUAUGUAAACACAUCACUAAAUUGUUGGAAUACCUCUUUAAUAAACUGUCAUCAUCUUCACAGAAUAUCUCUACCUGAUCAUUUUUGACCAGUUAGGAGUGGUUUCCUUCUCCGAGAUGUUUGAUAAAGAUGGACCCUGAUCCCAAAAUAAUCCAACAUUAAGCCGCUGAGUGUUAAUUUACUGCAUCUCUCACCCGACCGCUUGACCUUUUGACCUCGUCUCGUUAACAGCGUGUGAGGCGGCAAACAGACUCCACGGAGAGCGGCGGGUUUUCCAGAGGUAUUACUGUUUUUAUUUCAGAGUGUCUGAGAGAAAAGGCACUAAACCAAACCGGGAGAGUGACAUUGACUUUGACUCAGAGAGAGAGAGAGAGAGAGAGAGAGAGAGAGA